AUGGCGAUCCUCGGACUCAAGUCGAAGGGACCCUCCAAGCCCGCCCACUACGACAUUGAGCGCAUCGUGCGCCCCAACAUCCUCGCCCUCACCCCGUACCGCUGUGCCCGCGACGACUACUCUGCCGGCGUGCUCCUCGACGCCAACGAGAAUGCGUACGGUCCCUCGAUCGCGAUCGAGGAGCAGAAGGACAGCGCCGCGGCGUCCGCGCUCGCGUCCAUGAGUGCGGCGGACAUUGCCCAGCUGAACCGGUAUCCGUCCCCGACCCACGACGAGCUGAAGCAGGCGAUCGCCAAGCUGCGCGGUCUCCCGAAUGAGGACUGGGUCUUCCUCGGCGUCGGCAGCGACGAGGUCAUUGACAUGCUGUUCCGCUGCCUCUGCGUCCCCGCCAAGAACAAGGUCAUGGUCACACCCCCGAGUUACGGCAUGUAUGGUGUGACGGCGCAGGUCAACGACGUGGGCAUUGUCAAGGUGCCGCUCGACGAGGACUUCCACGAGGCCGGCAUGGACGCCGCGUUCGCCGACGACGUCAAGCUCCUCUUCAUCUGCUCCCCGGGAAACCCGACGAGCACGCUGAUCCCGCUCGACGCCAUCCGCCGCAUCGCCGAGAACCCGCGCUUCAAAGGUCUCAUCGUCGUCGACGAGGCGUACAUCGACUUUGCGCCCGAGGGCACCUCGGCCGUGGAGCUCGUCAAGGAGUACGCCAACGUGUGCGUGUCGCAGACGCUGUCCAAGUCGUUCGGCCUGGCCGCCAUUCGUCUCGGAUACCUGAUGGGCGCCCCCGAGCUGAUCCAGGUGCUCACGAACGCCAAGGCGCCAUACAAUGUCUCGCUGCCCACUGCCUCGCUCGCGCUUGCCUCCGUGUCCGAGUCUGGACUCAAGGUGUGGGAGAAGAACACGAAGCAGCUGAACGCGAACCGCGACCAGCUCAUCCGCGACCUGCAGACUGUGCCGAACAUUGGCCGCAUCCGUGGCGGCAACCACGCCAACUUUAUCCUCGUCGAGGUGCUCACGGACGGCAAGCCCGACUCGAAGCGCGCAUUCGACGUGUACAAGAACAUGGCCGAGAACCAGGGCGUCGUCAUCCGCUACCGCGGCAGCGACCACGGAUGCGAGGGCUGUGUCCGCAUCACGGUCGGCACUGAGGACGAGUGCAAGCAGGCCGUCGAGAAGCUCCGCGGCCUCCUCGCAUAG